GCGCCCAGAGAUGGCAGAUGAAGCUGCGAGGGCUGUGUUUCGUUUUCCUGUCUGAGUGAGCUGUGCUUAUGGAGGGCCCACGUGUCUCAGCCUUCGCUGUGUAUCGAGCGCAGUCCGGGCAGCAGGAAAGCGUUGUGAACAAGAAGAAGAAACAUGCAAUCUCGCAGAAGCACAAACCACUCAAAAAGAAAAGGAAGUUCCUGACAUCUGAAAAGGAAUUUGGCAUGAACAGCAUUCCUUUCCUAGAACAUGCAAACGGGCUUCAAGAAGAUGAUGAAGAAGUCAUAUCCGUGUCCAAUAGCUGCUCAAACAGAAAAACAAAAAGUUCAAACAAAAAACUGGAAAGACACGAUACACCUGCCAAAAAUGAAACCCCUGCCUCACCGGCAAGGAGCAGCAAGCAACAUGUUGGGCCUCCACUUCACAUUGUUUUGCAAGAUCUUGGGAAGAUUCAGAACAGUAAAGAAAGGGCUUUGGCACUUUUUGAGUGGCUGAUUUCACCGGUUAAACCCACGGAUUUUUUCAGGGAUAUUUGGGAGAAAAAGCCUGCUCUGGUUAGACGGCAUAAUAGCAGUUACUUUAAUGGCAUUUUUUCCACUUCGGAAUUUGACAGAAUCCUAAGAGAGGAUAACGUGCAGUUUGGAGUUAACCUUGAUGUCACCAGCUAUACAGAUGGAAAACGAGAAACCCAUAAUCCUCCUGGCCGAGCACUACCCAUGGUUGUGUGGGAUUAUUUCAAGAACGGCUGCUCGCUGAGACUGUUAAAUCCCCAGGCGUUCUCACACACGGUAUGGAGCUUCUUAUCGGUCCUGCAAGACCUUUUUGGAAGCAUGGUUGGGGCAAACACAUACCUGACGCCUGCCGGUACGCAGGGUUUUGCCCCGCAUUAUGAUGACAUUGAAGCCUUUGUGGUUCAGCUGGAAGGAAAGAAGCAUUGGAGAGUCUACAAGCCCAGGCAAAAGUCAGAAUGGCUCCCACAGUUCUCAAGUGCUAAUUUCACUGAUGAGGAUAUCGGGGAGCCCAUUCUGGAAACCAUCCUUGAAGCGGGCGAUCUCCUGUAUUUCCCCAGAGGAUUUAUUCACCAGGGGGACUGUCUACCUGAUGUGCACUCCCUACACGUCACCGUUUCCUCUUAUCAAAGGAAUAGCUGGGUGGACCUCCUGGGGAAGCUCCUGCCGGCAGCUCUGCAAGUUGCGGCUGAGGAAGAUGUGGAAUUCCGUAAGGGGCUCCCGCUGGACUAUAUGGAAUAUAUGGGUGUUCAGAAUGCCGAGCUGGAGGACUCACGCAGACAGACAUUUAUACAGAAAGUUCAAACACUUAUGAAGAAAUUGUCAGAUUAUGCGCCGGUGGACGCAGCAGUAGACCAAAAGGCUAAGGAGUUUCUGCAUGAUUGCCUUCCUCCUGUGCUCACUCCAGCUGAGCGGGCUCACAGUGUGCAUGGAGCGCAUGUGAAGUGGGAAGAUGGAUGUGUUCAAGAUAGCACUUUGGAGAUUGGAAAAGACACUAAAAUAAGGCUUCUGCGAGGUGGCAUUGCAAGGUUGUGUAGUGAAGGAGACUCCUGUCUGUUGUUUUAUUCAACUGAAAACUCCAGAGUGUACCACCAGGAGGAGCCGAAGUUCAUGGAGAUAGAUAUGGAGCAUGUGGAUGCCGUGGAACACCUUCUCCAUUCGUACCCAAAAUACGUAGCUGUGCAAAAUCUUCCCUGUAAGAUGCUGGAUGAUCGGAUCACUGUGGCCGCUCUCCUAUUUGAGAAAGGCUUACUGACUACCAAGGAAAGCUUGAACUCCUCCAAAUAACAUGGAUAAAAAUUACCGUUGGUAUAUCUUGCUUAAUCAGUGCACCAAAUAUCCCGGAGAGUGACUUACUGUCACUCGCUGUUGUAUCUGUGGCCUUUGGACCUUUUGCAAAGUACCUGAAGUAAACGUCUGAAUGAAACUUUCGUAUUCUAGAGACAUUUAUAUAUGUGUGAAUUAAUUUACAGAAUACUUUUUUUGCCAAUUUUUAUUCAAAGGAUCAGUAUUUUUUUUCUGAUGUUUUUACAUGAAAAUAAUCUGAAUACAGACUGUGAUUAAACCCACACAAAUAUUCUUUAAAUAUUUAAAGCUAAACCAUUUAAAUUGGCUUUUUGACAUUUCUCAUGUAUAGCCAUAUUGGUUUGAUGUCUCAUGGAUAAAUAUGUUCAGUUGAUUUAAA